GUAGAACAUCGCCCGCAAAUCGGUUGGGACAUCCCCCAAAUUAAGACCCUGAUUCACCGAAAGCUACAUUCUUGCGUGCUGGUGACUCGUCGGGAAAAUACCACCCACUUUCCGUACACGCACUUUUGGAAAUAUGGUUUAACAAUGAUGUCAAAAAACUGGACGUGGUUUCUGCGUUAAUGGUUUCCUUGACCACAACGCAAAGGAAGCUGACAAAUUCUACUAUUGACGACUAUGUGCACAAAUCCAGGAAGGGAACUAAGUAUAUAAACACGUGUUGCAGACAUUCGUCCAUGGAAAAUGCCUCAUUUCUGGCAUCGGCGUUGUUUUAUUCCUAUCGCGAGUCCCGACCGCAUUUCAAAUUGAGCGUGGCAUCAACAAGUGUUGAUGAGACACAAUACUUCACCACGUGAUUCAGAUUUAUUCAACCAGGGACGCAUGAAGCUAACAGUGAAUCACCAAGCAAAUUAACAAUCGGUGAAACUUUAAAAGUUCCACGGCUAACUGAAAAAAAAUUCAGUGGUCCCGUUUUCCACUGAAAGGUUUUACCUAGAAAACCCCGAGCCCGAGUUGGAAGUGCAGUGAACUCAACUAAGCGCACAUACGCUCAAGUGUUUGUCUUCUGGGCAAGUUUGUGUGUUACUUUUCAGCGGUGGGCAAGGGUUGAUCAUAACAGUGCGGUCAGAAUGGAUAAUGCGGUUACGUGUAUUGCUAAUUGCAUCAAAUGGUUGCCUCGUGUGGUGAUGGUCUGGGUAGCGUUGGCGGCUAUGUACCUCCAGAUAAACGCUCUUCCUUCACAGAUCCCUCCAUCACUGACAUAUGGAAUGAUGCAAGUCAAGACAAUUGAAGACCUUCUACAGUUUCUGGAUCAACAAGCCAAACAAGUCAUACCUGGCCAAGACAAAAACUUUGGCUGGGAAUUUCUGGAAGAGAAACUGGACUCGGGAGUCACCGACGAUGAGGACGAAGAUGACGAUGACGACGACGGGGAUGAUGACCAUGACGGAGAUGACAGUGGAUCUGAUGGCAGACAUAAACCAGUGCCGUCUGUGUUAUCAGACCACGGCCCUUCCAAAACCAAGCUCACUCCUGUACAGUUCUCUUCCGCAGACAGUAAUAGAAGACCUGUUCAGGAAAUUGCCCAUGCAAAUAGCGACCAGUCCUCACUGGGUUUCAAAAUAACUGAUGUAGCACCCCUCCCCGGCUGUAUCCCCAGAGAAACGGUGGUUCAAGUCCUCCCCGAUGCCAGCGAGUCACAGGUGAUGUACUGGCCGGGUUGUGUGACCGUCAAACGCUGCGGAGGUUGCUGCAAUAGCGAUCUUCAUGAAUGCCAGCCAACCAGAUCAGAAAUUAUACAAGUUAAGGUUGUCCGAAUGGAAUACACCCCGCGAGCCAGCCGCUUUUUCCACUACGACGGCGUGGUGGCUAAGAACAUGACCAAUCACACGGAGUGUAGCUGCCAAUGCAAGAUUAAGCCAGAGGAUUGUGACCCGGCCACCCAGGUCCAUAAUAACUGCCAGUGCCAGUGUAGGAAGUUUGUCACUUGCCCGGCAGGAAAGCGGUGGGAUCCUAUUAGGUGUCAGUGUUUAUGCUCCGCUUCGCAACAAGAAAGAGGAUGUCUGAGAAGACAAGAGUGGAACCAAGACUCCUGUACAUGUACAUGUAGGAAGGAUCUAGUAGCAAGCUGCAGGGCACCAUACUGGUUCAACUAUAGACGAUGCAGGUGUCAAAGAAGAUCAACAUGAAACUGUUGAAUACUUGCUACUGAAUGAACAGGAAUAUGCGGAUGUCUCAAUAGGACAUGAAGAAGUUGAAACAGGCCAGUAUGAUUGUAGCCAUAUUUGGAGAGGUUAUCUCUAUUAGGUGCAUCGGCCAGAAUAAACAAGUAAAUUAUUUUGUCAUUAACUCAGAAAAAAAUGUCAGUAAUGUCACUUUCAUUGUCAGUAUAAUAUGGGAAAUAGUUAUCUAGGUUAUUGGAAAUUUCAGCUCAGGUUAAGUAAGUUUGACAAAAUGCCAAGUAAAUUGAUUUUGAGGAAGUUUAUUAAAACACUUCUCAGAAAUAUUAAAAAUACACCGAGUACCUCGAUAAACUCCAGUUAAACCCUUUUUCAUUUUUUUUGCCUUUAGACAUGUUAAACCUUCAGAAAUUGCCAAUUAGGUAAAAUUUGGACGUACUUAAAACUACAUGUUAUACAGUUAAUUUAUCUGUUGUAAAAAAAGUCUUCCAACAGUGUAUUCAUGUAAUAUUAUAUUUUAUUUUGUAUGUAUUCUUAACAGAGCUUUUUAAAUAACUGUAAAUAGAUGUGUAUAAGCUGGGCUCUGUACAAUUUUGUAAAAAAAAGGUACAUCUGAAAGUGACAUUUUUACUAAGUAGUAGAAUUUGAGGAGAAGCAGGGAGAUUUUACAUUGUUUGACUCACUUCUCUAAACAAAAUUCUGAAUUAUGAAAAUAACAAAUUUGGUGGGCCUAAUUAAUUAAACUUUUGUAAAUUUUAACUUGUGAAUUAACAUACAGGGUCUGUUGGGAUUUUUAGAGGUACAGUCGACUUGUCCUGAUUACUGUAACACUAGGUUAAAAACAGUACUGAAUAAAAAUAUGUUUGUAUGACAGGUUUAUAAAAAUCCCAAGCUCUUAAUUCCAUCUUAGGAAUAGCUCUUAGGCCUAAUUUCUCCAAUUUUGACAAAAGACAUGGUCUUGACAACUGUAUUUGCAAAAACAUUGAUUUUAUGAAGCCACUUGACUCUGACUGCAAGUAUAAGUAGGUCAGCUAGAACAAACCCUUGUUUCACCUCUAAGGUGAAAAGCAAGUGAAAGUUUUAUGUCAAGGUGACAGAUUUAUUGCGGCCGUUUCUGACUUAAAAUCGCAGUGGAAUUAUCCAUACCUGUGGAGACAGCGGGAACCAUUAUAUGUAAUAUUGCUUCUUUUACCAUAGGGUGGUAAAUUCAACGUACCGUCAUAUAUACUGCUGUCAAUUUCUCAAAACAAAUAAAUCAUAUUGUUGUCGCACAAUUUUACCUAUGAAUACAUGUAGCCAUAUUCUGUAAAAUUUUA